CCAAACACGUAUUUUGUGUGGGCCUCAAAUAACACAACUCUUCACUUUUUCCACUUUAAUUAUAUAAAUGUCUUUUUAUUUCUCACUCAAAAAUCAACACACAAUUCUAACACCAGUUUUCUAUUACCAAUGGCCAUGUCUGUUGCUUCUUCUUCUUCUCAAUUUCUCCGACCUCUUCAUCAGCUAGAGUUCCCGAAAUGCCCUCGCCUUUCUUCUAAAUCCCAGUUCCGCCCUCGCCCCCUCCGCCGCUUCCAAACCCUCCGGAACAACAUUCGCGCCACCGCCGCCGCCGCUCGUGUUGCUGAUUCGGAAUUCAGUUCAAAGCAUGAUCAGGCUGUAGCGGCGGACGUCUUGGCGUGCCCAAUAUGUUAUGAGCCAUUGAUAAGAAAAGGUCCUGCUGGCCUUAGCUUAUCAGCAGUCUACAGGUCUGGUUUCAAGUGUGAGAAGUGUAAAAAAUCAUAUUCUAGCAGAGAUAGGUAUCUGGAUUUGACUGUAACUGCUGGCUUGAGAGAUUACACUGAAAUUCCACCAAUUCAGACUCAGCUUUUCAGGAGUCCCCUUGUUUCAUUCUUAUAUGAGCGAGGUUGGCGUCAGAAUUUCAGUCGAAGUGGCUUUCCUGGUCCGGAUGAAGAGUUCAAAAUGGCUCAAGAAUACUUUGAACCUGCUAAAGGUGGUCUUAUUGUGGAUGUUAGCUGUGGUAGCGGUUUAUUUUCCCGAAAAUUCGCCAAAUCAAAAAACUACUCUGGAGUCAUUGCACUAGAUUUUUCUGAAAAUAUGCUUCGCCAGAGUUAUGAUUUCAUUAAGAAAGAUGACACACUUUCAACCACUAAUCUUGCACUUGUAAGGGCGGAUGUUUCUAGGCUUCCCUUUUCAUCAGGUUCAGUUGAUGCAGUCCAUGCUGGUGCAGCUUUACAUUGCUGGCCAUCUCCCUCCAAUGCUGUUGCUGAAAUCACCCGGGUACUAAGAAGCGGUGGAGUAUUUGUUGGAACCACUUUUCUGCGUUACAAUUCGUCAACUCCCUGGCUUGUACGCCUCUUCAGAGAGAGGACUUUUCCAGGCUAUGGCUAUUUAUCAGCGGAAGAAAUUGAAGACCUUUGCACCUCAUGUGGUCUAACCAACUACUCAUGCAAAAUUCAGCAGUCUUUCAUUAUGUUCACAGCUCAGAAGCCUUAAAACUAUAUUUGAUCCAUGUAUAACACUGAUUCUCCUAUAUUUUAUUAGUUUCUUAUGUUAUUUGUUUCAUCUGUAAAGAAACUGUAAAUAUACAGGAAAUGAAAAGAUGAAAACUGGAGAUGUAUGUAAUGAGAAAGUCUUUCAUAUAUAUUAACUAUUGAAUCCACUUUAUGCCGUUAUUUCA